GCAGCAUCGUGGAGGAGUUAGCUUUAGCAUUGGCUAACAAUUUGCGAGUGUUUGUUUUUCCAUCAUGGAUAAUACGACCGACUGGACGUGGGAUAAUUUAGCUGUUAAACUCAAUGACAGAAUCUUGGAGACGCUCCAGGAGCUUAAAUUCACACACAUGACACCUGUACAGUCGGCAUGCAUUCCUCUAUUCAUGAGCAACAAAGAUGUGGCUGCUGAGGCGGUGACUGGGAGUGGAAAGACGCUGGCAUUCGUCAUUCCUGUUCUGGAAGUUUUGCUCAGGAGAGAAGAGAAGCUAAAGAAGAUGCAGGUGGGGGCGCUGGUGAUCACGCCCACACGUGAGCUGGCCAUCCAGAUCAGUGAAGUCAUGCAACACUUCAUCCAGAAGUUUCCACAGUUUACGCAGAUGUUGAUGAUUGGUGGCAGCAACACCAUGGAGGACGUGGAGAAGUUCAAGGAAAAAGGGGCCAACAUCGUCAUAGCGACACCCGGCCGUCUGGAGGACAUGUUCCGCAGGAGGUCAGACGGUCUGGACCUGGCCAGCUCGGUCAAGAGCCUGGACGUUCUGGUUCUGGAUGAAGCUGACAGACUCCUGGACAUGGGCUUUGAGAACAGUUUGAACGCAAUCCUGAGCGUCCUGCCCAAGCAGCGGCGUACGGGCUUGUUCUCGGCCACUCAGACGCAGGAGCUGGAGAAGCUGGUCCGGGCCGGGCUCAGGAACCCCGUACGCAUCACGGUCAAGGAGAAGGGCGUGGCCGCCAGCAGCACCCAGAAGACGCCCUCCAGACUGUGCAACUACUACACAAUCUGCCGCUCGGAGGACAAGUUCAACAACCUGGUGGCGUUCCUGAGGCAGCACAAACACGAGAAGCAGCUGGUCUUCUUCAGCACGUGCGCCUGCGUGGAGUACUACGGCCGGGCUCUGGAGACGCUGGUCAAGAAGGUGCCGGUGCACUGCAUCCACGGCAAGAUGAAGCACAAACGCAACAAGAUCUUCGCAGACUUCAGAGCCCUCAAAAGCGGUAUCCUGGUGUGCACCGACGUCAUGGCGAGAGGCAUCGACAUUCCAGACGUCAACUGGGUGCUGCAGUACGACCCCCCAAGCAGCGCCAGCGCGUUCGUCCACCGAUGCGGACGCACGGCGAGGAUUGGUAACCGAGGCAACGCUCUGGUGUUCCUGCUGCCCAUGGAGGAGUCGUACGUCAACUUCCUGUCCAUCAACCAGAAAUGUCCGCUGCAGAAGAUGUCGCCCGUCAGCGACGUGGUGGACGUGCUGCCCAAAGUGAAGGCCAUGGCGUUGGCGGAUCGCGCCCUGUUUGACAAGAGCAUGAGGGCCUUCGUGUCGUACGUGCAGGCGUACGGCAAGCACGAGUGCAGCCUCAUCUUCAGGGUGAAAGGUGAAACACCGCAUGUUCUGCACCAUGGCAGUCGAAACGGGACACCUGAAGGUUCUGCUCCGUUUUUCCUAGAUCUGGACUUUGCCUCGGUGGCUCGCGGCUUCGCUCUCCUCCGCCUGCCAAAGAUGCCGGAGCUCCGCGGGAAAACCUUCCCCGACUUCCAGGAGGUGGCGGUGGACACGGAGACCAUCCGCUACAAGGACAAGCACAGGGAGAGACAGCGGCAGAAGAUGCUUGUGGAGCUCAAGGAGAAGCGAGAGACGAUGGAGCCCAAGAAGAAGCCUCAGAGGAACCAAGCCUGGUCCAAGCAGAAAGCCAAGAAGGAGCGCAGGAAGAAGAAUGCUGCCAAAAGGAAGCAUGAGCAGUGCUCCGAUGUGGACGAGGACGACGUGCAGGAGCUUCUCAACGACACUCGCCUCCUGAAGAGGCUGAAGAAGGGUCAAAUCUGCGAGGAGGACUUUGAGAAGGCGAUCACGCGAGGACGCGACUGAGCGGGAUCAUGAAAAGUCUCACGCCUCUUUUCCAUCUUUCAACGUUUAAUGAGCCCGCCGUCAGUCACACGUUUAUAAAUAAAGCUUGAUGAGCUCAUCGCUGACGGCCGACGGCGUGAGGACGCCCAGGUCGGUGAAGAGGAGGGUGAUGAGGGAGGGGGGCGUGUAGUCCACCAGCGGGUGUUCCUCGGACAGGUUGGGAAGUUGCUUCAACGUGUCCGCUUUGUACUGUCGAGGAGGAUACAAGACGUCAUGUGACCCGUGUACGCUUGGCUGAGCUAGCAUCAGUGUUUCCCACAGGACUGCAAUCUAUUCGUGGCAGAGGCUAACUGAUGCCAUUGUCUAAUUUGCAUAUUUUUUUGUGCAAAAAACAUGAAAAACAAAACAAAUGUUUGGAUAUACGAAUUGCUUCUUUUUGCUAUUCGCUUUUUUUUGUUGAAAAAAACAAAUCUCAAGGGGUCGGAAUACCCGCUAAGGUUGGCAACACUGAUCCGUCCUCCUACGUCAUCUUAUUCUCUAGCCGGCCAUGUGCGUACGAGUUGGAACGACAAGCUACAUUCUCAUCCUGUCCCGUUAUGUGCUUAUGAGCGAGGGUGAACAGGCAGCGCCAAAUUAUUUGUGGGAAACACUGAGCAUGCUCGCGUUGGAGCGGCGUCCCACCUUGAACUUAUCGGGCACGUCCUGUUGGUUGAGCGGGUAGAGUCGCACAAACUUGAAGCUCUCGGCCACCACGUAGAAAGGUUUGUUGUGAGCUUUGGCGCACACCGCCGUCUGGUAGGUGCCGAUCUGUGCAAGCGACAAAAGACAAGCGUGGGCUCGCGCGACGCGAGGGCCGCUUCCUGAAACACACCUUGUUGAUGAUCCCGCCGCUCUCCACCACGCCCUCGGCACCCACGAUGACUUGAUCCACCUUCUCCAGGAUGUAGCUGACACACGACCGUGAAAUAUAGCAUAACAGCAAUAAAGUACACCCUGAAGGUGCUUUGCUGUCUUCUCAUUCAAUCGAGUCGAACCUCUCAUUGAUUAAUAUUUGUCCCAAUACUUAUGCCACUCUUACCCGACAGCUGCAUCCAGGACGACCGUCGCGGGAACGUUGAGCUUCCUCAGGUCUUCUGCCAUCUGUCGCCUUGACGACAGUCAAGUACAAACAUGAGAUGUUUAAAAAAAAAAAAAAAAAAAAAAAACAGAAAAACUGCGAUGCACUCGAGCCGCACUCACCCGGCGCCGUCGGGCUGCGACUCUGUGACGAAGACGGAGAAGCGCUUGUUCUCGCUUGCCGCCUUUUGCAGCACGCGGAGGACCACCCUGGAGUAGGAAUGCGUCAGGAUCUUCUGUUGGAAUGAUGACAGUCAGCAGGGGGCAGUAGAGGCACUCUUCACUAACGUAACCCCUCCUUUAUCACGACACUUGGGUCCACACCUGACCUUGCUAAGGCAAUUUCCACAAGGGUUGCUUAUUUCUAAAUGUAAUAUUUUCGUACUCAGAGCACAGAAAACCGAGUUAGUUUACGACCUAAAUACAGUUUGGACGUUAUUAGAGGCCUCUAGACAUGCAGUAUCACCCCUACAGUCACCUUUACACUCCUAAUACCCAAUAUAGCGAGAAUAUAAGAAUCACACUUGCAUGCGUUGCUGUGAAUGCGCUACGGUGGCGCAGGCAGGAAGUGACGUCGGGCGUUCAGCAUUGAGUUUUAGCUUGGCGUGGGCUAUGGCCGCAACAGUAGCCCCAUGUUAGGGAUUAUUGCGCCUGUUGCGAGAUCAUUCAAACCUGCGUAAAAGCCUGUUGCUCCAGCGAGCAGGUCUGGUGCUUGUGUGUCUCGCCAAACGUUACAGUAACAUUACUGAUUAGUGACCAGUGGGGAAUACCACAUUUUGCUUCACUGCAAAAAAAAAAAGAAAAAAAAAGUGCUUAAAUAUGCAUAUUUUUUGACAAACGAUAGGCCGUACUUAACCACAAAACAGACGGAUUUAUCAAUAUAUUUUGGAAAAACCGUGGAAUUCAAAGAGUGAAGUAGCGAGGGAUUACGGUAUGACAUAAAAACUUACUGCGCCGUCUUUGAUGAAGGUGUGACACAGCUUGGCUACUUUGCUUCUGGACAUGGAGAUCUUCUCUAAGAACAGCUCGCCUCGCUCCUCCAUCACCUUCUUGCAGCGGGACAGAUCCUGGUGGACGAACAUGAGACGCUCUGUUGCUACGCCGAUGAAACAGCCUCAUCAUUUUCAUCUGUGGAGAUUCGGAAACGAAUACUUCUGCGAACAUGUCCCCUAAGUCCCACCUCUGCUCUGCUUGGUUGGCAUUUACCAAACUCAAAUGUGCACACAACAAAGCAGGACAACAGACGUCACAUGACGUUAACAUGUUGUCAUGGUGGUUGUCGCUAGGCGGAAUUCCAGGCCUCAUUCACAGCUGCGUCUUAUAGGCCAAUUAAAUAUGGUGGAACGUGUCAGCCACGCCCUUUAGGCGGGUUGAAUGACAGGAAGUCAGACGGUAGCCCAAAAGCUACACUAUGGGACAAGAUCAUUUAUAGGAUGUGGACUCAUUUAGCUUUUGAAUAACCACAGUUAUCACAAAAUAAAAUCAAUAUUGUAAAGGAAACAGCGCAGUUAGUGUGUGGAAUGUCUGCGUGCGUCCACCUGGUGCUCCAGCGACGUGAGGCUGAUGAAGCGCAGGAAGAGUUCGCCGCCGGACGACACGGCCACCGACGAGUCCACGCCGGUCAGGCGGUCCGUGGCCCACGUCAGACUCUCUCUUAGGCCCAGCAGGGUCUCACCUGAACAGGAAGUCAGCUCGGCAUCAGACCAAUCAGAACGAGACACAAUGGCGUCUACACGCGAGUGGGCGCUGACGUCACUGACACCUUGGUCUCUCUUGAGGAACUCCAGCAGGGUGCGGAUGGCAGCCACGGCGGACGCCACGUCUGGAUCUUUCCUCAUCUGAGCCCGGAAGUUCUCCACCAGCUCUGACAGCACAGACCACCUUCAGUUUGUUCUCAAUCCUCAACUUUGGCAAUGUUCACAUCCAACACUUCUAUUCAACUGUGAAUUUGACAACUGAAAGUAUUUUAUCUGCUUUCUUCAUCAUUUAUUGUUUUUUUGUUUCAUGGAAUGAUUGACGGGAAUUUUAUAGAAUGAUUUUAUAUAUUUAUGGAAUGAUUUUACCCUUCUUUUCUGUAAAGCACUUUGAAUUACCUUGUGUAUGAAUUGUGUUCUAUAAAUAAACUUGCCUUGCC